CCGCCCCCCCACACGCGAGUUUUACUUAAUCCACGCCCAUAGAGGCGGGGCUAACACCACACGCCACGCCCCCCACCGCGGAAGUCUCGCGAGAUCUGCGCGGCGGCAGCAGCGGGAUGUGCGGGGGCUGCGUGGGCACCGAGUACCCGGAGCGGGGCACCACCUGCCUGGAGGGCGGCUCCUUCCUCCUCAACUUCGUGGGCUGCGCGCAGUGCGGCCGCCGGGACUUCGUGCUGCUCGGCAACCGGGCGGCCGGCGUGCACGGCGGGGAGGAGAUCGUCACCUACGACCACCUAUGCAAGAACUGCCACCACCUCAUCGCGCGCCACGAAUACACCUUCAGCGUGGUGGACGACUACCAGGAGUACACCAUGCUGUGCCUGCUCUGCGGCCGCGCCGAGGACUCCAUCAGCAUCCUCCCGGACGACCCCCGCCAGAUGACCCCUCUCUUCUGAAGCUGCUUUGUGUCCCAACACGAAUCCUGUGUCGCGAAGCCGUCGCAUCGCUGGUGGCAACACCGUCCCUUACAUGAUUCUGUUCUCCGAACCUCCAGCCCAGAUGCGGUGAUCACCUGGAUGCUCCAACGUGCCUGGGAGCAGCUCACCUGCUGCCCUGCGACUCCCACCCCAACCACGGUGAUGAGGGGGAACACCCCAGGCCGAGCCCCCCUUGUGCUGAGGACAUAAAAUGGACCCAGCAUGUUGUCACCCCAAAAAGGGGUCUCAAAGGAUCCCCACCUUCCUCAGGAGCCCACGUGUGUGGGGCAAUAAACGUGAUGUGUUACA